AUGUCAUCCAGGAGAUUGUCAACACUAUGGGCGCGCGAAAUGCGCGGCUCUCGGUCAUCUUUCAUGUCCCAAUGUGCUCGUAGCACCACCUCAACAACGCCGCUGGCAUCCGCCACAUGCCCGUCUACGCGAUCAACCCGGCAGUCCUCAUUGCACCCGACUGUCGCCAUUCGAUCGUAUUCGCAGGGCAAGGUCGCUGACAUGGCCAAGAACUUCUCCCGUCGACCUGGAACUGCCGCUGAAACCUAUGUCGCAUAUGGCAUGACCCAGAAGCUAUUCGAGGCUUGCUCUAGCCAAGCGGACUACAAAAUCCCUCAAGCAUCGCAGAAAGGUGUCGAGGUUCCUAAGACGGAAGCUGGGGAGGAUCUUGGUGUUGGAGAGGGCUGGUGGUAUAAAGGUAAGCUUGGCCCUUUUUUUCGUGGCCUGGGACCCUGGCAAUCUUUUGGAUACCAACUAAUCGUGCACAUUACUGCAGAACUCGGCCUUAAGCCAACUUUCUCUACGUGGUCUCAGGUGACUUUCCUCCACAUGUACCUUUUGACUGUCCGUCUUCGUGCCCUUCCCCACCGCGAAAGCGUUACCACCUACUCUCGUCAUUUGAUCGACCACUUUUCGCACGAGGCUGAACACCGAAUGGACGUGUACCAUGACCUGGGAAGCCGCACGAUCCGUAACAAGUACUUGAAGGAUCUUUUCAUUCAAUGGCGUGGAAUCAUUGCUGCAUAUGAUGAGGGAUUGGCCAAGGGUGAUGCGGUUCUCGGUGCCGCUGUCUGGAGAAACCUCUGGAAGGGCAGCCAGACUGGACCCGAUGGCGAAGAGAUUGACUGGGCUAAGGUUGCCCAGGUGGUCGUAUACAUUAGGCGAGUCUUGUCGGAGCUUGCAAAGAAAGACGAGGUCGAUAUUGUUUUUGCCAUUGGAAGCGCCGACAAGAAGACCCAUGGUAUUUUCGGGUACUCCGAGGCGGACAAGAAGCUUGUCGAGUCAAGCAAAUAA